CGCGGCGGCGGCGGCGGCGUCGGCCGUCAGUCGGCGGCCGCUCUCCGCGCGCCCCACGCUGCGCUCGCGAGCCUGCAGCGCGGCUAUUAUGCCGGCGCACCGGGCCCGCAUCCCACGUGCCGCGUGCACGCCGCGCCCCGCACCAUACUAUACAUCACCACCUAUAUCACGCACGAUUACGCGUCUCACGUCUACCGGAAUGUAAAUAUUUAUGGAUGUCAGUUUCCAGUUGUUUAGAUUGGCUGUGAAUUUUAAGUGAGAGUAAGCCUGGCGGCGGCGACCGGCUGGCGACGCCGCGGAUGUCGCUGCUGGGCAAGCCGCUCAGCUAUCGCGCCACGCGUCGCGACGCGCGUUACCGCCGCCUACAAUCCAAGUUCUACAAUUUCCUUGAACGGCCGAGGGGUGUUAAGGCCGUCCUGUAUCAUAUGAUUGUGUUCCUCAUGGUGUUCAUGUGCCUGUCGCUGUCCGUGUUCUCCACCAUCGAGGAGUACGAGGCUCGCGCCGGAAUCGUGCUCUUCUACAUGGAAACUGUCGUCGUCAUUUGGUUCGCUAUCGAGUUUGUGUUAAGGUUAUGGUCGUCAGGAUGCCGGUCCCGGUACCAGGGUUCAAUGGGGCGCCUCAAGUUCUUGAGGCGGCCUUUCUGCAUAAUAGAUGUUACGACAAUCCUGGCGUCGCUGGUGGUGCUGGGCAUGGGCUCGUCGGGGCAGGUGUUCGCGGCGUCGGCGCUGCGCGGGCUGCGCUUCUUCCAGAUCCUGCGCAUGGUGCGCAUGGACCGGCGCGGCGGCACCUGGAAACUGCUCGGCUCCGUCGUCUACGCGCAUCGACAGGAACUAAUCACCACUUUGUACAUAGGAUUCCUGGGCCUUAUUUUUGCAUCAUUUUUGGUUUACUUAGCAGAGAAAGAUGUCGAACAUACAAAAUUCAAAAAUUUCGCCGAAGCGUUAUGGUGGGGAGUUAUCACACUGUGCACUGUGGGGUACGGCGACAUGGUGCCCCAGACCUGGCAAGGAAAGUUCAUUGCUUCAUUCUGCGCGCUGCUCGGGAUAUCUUUCUUCGCGCUCCCUGCUGGUAUCUUGGGUUCAGGAUUCGCAUUAAAAGUACAACAGCAACAGAGGCAAAAGCAUAUGAUCAGGAGGCGGCAACCGGCAGCGACACUUAUUCAAGCGCUUUGGCGUUGCUAUGCAGCUGAUGAGCACUCGAUGAGCGUCGCUACCUGGAAGAUACAUCAAAUUCCUCUUCCCAGUCCACAGACGAGCAGGGUGAUGAGCGCGUCGUUUAAGAACAACGCGUCAUUCGUGUCGCGGCUGCCGACGAUCCGCCGACACAAGAGCACCUCGCUGCACUCCCCCGCGCCGCACUCUAAGCCGGCGCACCGGUAUGACGUCAACGCCAGUGCAGAAAAUCUCGGCGCGACGAACGGGCGCACGGCGCGCGCGCGGCCCGGCAACCCGGCGCACAGCGAGGACUCUGUGGCCGAGACGCAGCUCUCCAAGAAAAACUCCGACGACGAAGACGAGGAGCCCCGCUGCGUGAACCUCACGCCGCGCCACAAGUCGGCGAUUCGAUUCAUAAGAAAGCUCAAGUAUUUUGUCGCUCGCAAGAGAUUUAGAGAAGCGUUGAAACCGUACGACGUGAAAGAUGUGAUAGAACAGUACUCUUCAGGGCACGCCGACCUUCUAAACCGCACAAAGAACCUGCAGUACAGAUUAGACCAAAUACUUGGCAAGCAAGGAUCUAAAGCGAAAGACGUCUACGCAUCUAAAAUCAGCCUAGCUUCCAGAGUAGUUAAAAUUGAAAGACAAGUAGAUGAUAUAGAAAGUAAGUUGGAUCAUUUGUUAGAAUUGUAUGAAGAGGACAGAAGGUCCUCGAGAAGAAUAGGUAGUUCAGGAACCGGCGGCGGGGAGGGCGGAGCGAGCGAGAGUACGCUGGCGCUGCGCACGCGCCCCGCGCUGUCCGACAAGCAGUGCUCGGAGCCCAAUUCGCCCGUAUCGCGUACCUUCGAGCCGGCGCCCGCGGCAGCCGCGCCCGUACCGCACAAGCGCCCCAUGAACAGGGGCUAUUCUGAUCUAGGAACUAGAUUCAUGAGGAAAAAAGUUAUAGUCAGGACAUCUUCAAAUCGUAAUGGAGGAUCUCCGCGAGAUGACGAGGUAGUUAUCGUAGUGCCGACGGACCGCGAGGACACGCCACCCCGACUCGUCACCGACAGCUCGGAAGUAUGCGCGAGCUGCUCAGUAGAGGUAGAGACUGAAGCGGAGGCGGGGGCCUCCGGCAGCUCGGGGUCGGCGUCAUGGUGCGAGGGCGAGGCGGAGGGCGAGGGCGGAGAAGAGCGCGGCUACGGCUCGGGCGACUCGCUGGCGGAGGACGCGGCGUUGCUCGGCGCAGCGCACGCUGCAAACGCGCCGCACGCGCCGCGGAUCGUACGCACGCAGCGCCGCGACGUCGCUGUUGACCUUCACCUCUUGCGGCCCGACGUUUGAACUUCCUCCAAACGAUGCAACGGUCCUCUCUCUUAUAACUACACUCCCGACUAAUAUCCCGUUUAAUUCGUAUCUUUUACAGAAUGUUUGAUGUUCCACAAUUUAUUAUGUCGCUAAAACUGUCCAAAUGUACACAAAACCUUGUUGACAAUAGGUGCUUAUUUAAGUCAAAACAACAAUCAUAUUAUGCUUAUUUGCAUAACCUAGUGUGAUUGAGUAGUAAAUGAUUGAAAUAAUCAAAGAGUGACUAUUGAAACAAUAAUCAAUUUAUACAACGAGUAGUUAUUGCGAUUUGAUCAUGCAAUAGGUUCAGAGGAGCAAACAGAAAGACGAAGAAAGCCUAUUUAGUAGGUACCGUCGCUGCCUUACGACACUUUCCUGUAGGCUGCAAUAAUUCACUGGUGGGCACGCGGAAUCUAUUUCCUGCUGGUCUAUAAAAACUAUGUGUUUUACACACCAGAGGGCCUAGCCUAGAUGACAAUCGUUUGCAGAAAAUGAAACGCUAUCAUUUUCUUACAUUAUUUACGUUUAUCUUAGCGUUCCGUUUCGUUUUCUGCAAACAAUUGUCAUUUUAUGACGUCAUUCAUUUAUAACGUAGGACGAUUUAGGAAGGCAGGGGGGUCGGACAUGACUUUUUUCUUACAAGGGGUGAGAGGGGGCUAUCAUAGUUCUUACGUAUUUAAGAACACAAAGAUGUAAAUAUUUUAAGAAUUUUAUGAAACAAUGACGUUUAAAAGAAUACUUCCAUACUCUAUGCUAUUAAACAUUGUAAAGACUACAGAGUUAGCUUAAAAGGCACCGUUGUAGGAACAAAUCAAUAUUUCAAAAAGGUUUUUUUUUAUAAACACUAAGACAAACGAAUUUGUAUUAUUUCUUCCCUUUAGAUCCUUACGUUAUAUUGGGGGAAGGUCACCCUAUUCUUAUUUUUUCUUACAUAGGGAGGGGGUCAAAUAAUGCCAAAACACGUCUUAGUAAUAAAUGAAUGACGCGAUAUCGUGUAAAUACCUAACUGGAGUAUAGUUCCGUUAUGGCCGCCAUUGCCUAAGCCUCGUCGAUUGUAGCAUGAACUUAUCAAUUACACUCGUAUCUACAUUAAAUUGUAAAUAAGAACGAGCACAAGUAGGUAAAAAAUACGCUUAAUUUCUUUGUUUCCUAUUGCUUUUAAAAAUAAUUAUAUUAGGCUAAGAGAAUAAGACAUUUUACAGAAUAUUAUCUAUAAGUUGAGUGAAAGCUUAGCUUUUAAUUUUAUUAAAUAUAGUAGUCAUAAGAUGUAAAUAAAUUAAAAAUAAGGCAAAACGAGUACCGAUACAGUAAAAUUCACUAACUCCUACCUACUUACAUAACUAAUGAAAAAAUGAAAUGACAAAUCACUUUAUGAAAUGAUUUUAUUUAUAUACCUAAUAAUAAAGCUAGAAGAAGUCAGGUUUAACCUAUUUUGGGAGUGGCAAGCAAUAUUUAAGAAUUAUGUUUUUAACCUAAAAAUAUAUUCGGUGUGCAUUACCUUUGACCGCAAAGUAAAAUAAGUAUUUAAAAUGAUAUUCUGAGACUUCGCACUCGGUAUCUAAAUAAAUACCUAAAGUAAAUUUUCCUUCAAUCAAACCAUGCUCAUUAUCUUUGUGAUUUUUGUGAUCUAAUCGGUUCAUUGUGAGAAAAAAAACUUACAAAUAACUUUAAUUAUGACAAUACUCAGUUCAGAUAUAAUCUAAAUUAUAAUAAUUUAUUGCAUUAUAAUGCAAGCAUUUUCACCUUGAAUGUGAAUAGUGAACACUGAACAUCGAAUUAUUAUUAUUUUGUAAUUGAAUAUAGGUAAUUUACAAAAUUUUAUUGAAUCAAUUUGUUCAGUUUUUUUAUCUACUUUUUAACUUUCAAACAUAUAUAUAUACGCAUAAUUAAUGAUAUAGGUAAUUAGUUACGAUAAUACAAACUUUUGAAAAUUACCACAACCAUCUUAGAACAAUAUUUAAAGUAUAAAAUUCAUUGUAUUAUAUUUUAAAUGUAAAUUUAUUUUGAAUUAGGUGAUUUUUCUUACUUUUACUACAUAGAUGCCUACUUAGUCUCAAUUUUGGAUCCUAGAUAAUGCUUAUUGCAACCUAGGAAUUAAUUACACGCAAUAGACUGAUGUAACUGUAUCAAUGACUUGUAAUAUAAACUAUAUAAAAAUACCAUUUUGGGAAACUGACUUAUCUACUAACCUACUAACAUAGAACACUAAUUUUCGAAUACGCAAGUUGUCAUAGAGAUAGAGACAAAGUUGGCCAAGAACCUACACUUGUCUAAUCUCUAGGACCAGCCAGCAUCUCCUUACUACUGUAGGUAUACAUACAAUGCGGAAUCCUUUACCUAUAAUGUUUAUACAGCACCAACUUCAACAAUCCUAUUAUUGAACCAAUUUUAAAAAUUUUGGAUGCAUCUUGAUAAAAGCAGGGUAAAAUUUGCCUGUCAUUCAAAAUUAAUUAAAUUAAGAUUUUAACGUUUAUAAUGUACCUAUACUUAAAUAGAACACCCUAGAACCUUACCAAAAUUACCUAUCUUUCUCGACACACUGCAGCCAAAAUUGUAGAUAGUAGGUUACCUAAUUAUUAAAGAAAACGGACCUAGCCAGUUCUGCAUUAAAACUUACAAUGGGACCUAUUGUUGCCUCCAAUUAGACUUUACCAUUACCUGUCUUUUUAUUGUGUAAAGUAUAGUUCCAAAGCCAUGUUAUACUAUAGAUAGGUACUACUGUUCGCGACAGGUCAGGCACUGGUGAACAAAACAUAAUUUUUAUAAAUUUUUGAUUUACUUUAGUACCUACCUAUAUCAAACUUUGUGUAAGCGAAUAGCCAUAGUUAGCCGGGUACCAAUGGAUACUCAAAUAUGAAAUCUGUUUGAUGUUUAUUUGAUAAUUUCUGUACACCCGCACUAAUAAUAAUAUAUGCGACCGGAAUGUCUUGAGAUUAGAGUCAAACUAAGAUAGGUAAGUUGGCAGCGAUUUUGACAGCCCAGACAUUGCAAGUGUUAUUUUAAUCUCCAAACCUCUAUGAAAUUAUGACGUUUACUUAACACCUGCACAGGCUGAGCUAUCAAAAUCACUGCCAAUUUAUCUAGGUCUGACUCUAGCAUUAGGUAAAUAAAAUUUGAAAGCGUUUCUUGACACGAUUUUUUUUUCAUCGGUUCGCCAGCGUGUUUGGGUCACAAUUACUCGUAUUUAUUAAUUGAAUGCUUCACAAACUCAUUUAAUAAAACAUUGUUUGUGCUUAUCAUUCACAUCAAUAGAAGAAACUCAAAAUUACUUAAAAGUCACACGAACCUAGCAUCCGCCAUACAAUCAACCAUUACACUCUCAUUUUAAAAUGGUUUCAUACAGAAUAUCUAUGUCUGGUGCUAGUUUUCGUUGCUACAAAUUGUAACACAAUGAAAUUAAAACGAGUAGAAGUGUUACAUACAAAACUUGGCAUGCUUAAAUUGCUUAAUAUUAGCAUGUUGUUUUAAAAUGAGAGCGUAAUUUUGUUUGUGGAGUGGCGUUUCGCGACAGGCUCGUGUGACUUUGAAGUUGUAUUUUUUUACAGAUUUAAGUAGUACAUUUUAAGGCAGCGAAAAUAAUUGUGUGUAGUUAAAAUGUUCGUUUUUAGUUUGAGUUUUUAAAUAUGAUAGUGUAAAACAUCGACAAUUAUUUUGGCAAUACUAAUACUAGCUUUAUGUAAAAAAGUUAAAUAUAGCCCCUCUUGUAUGUAAAAUGCUCGUAGGUAUACACAUAAAUUCAAUAUUUGGAAUUUGUAAUAUAAUGGAUGGCUUACUGUUCCAGACACAUUGUUCACUUAUCUAAGAAGUUUAAUUAAUCAUGUAUACUUAUAAUUAAUUAAAUGAGGGGUAAAAGCCAGGAAACUAGAAAGGAACAAAAGAUACGGCGCGCCGCGCGAAACUUGCGGCGGACGAUUUGGCGAUUGCGUAGCUUUUGCUUAAAAUUUUGUUAGUCAAAUCCUUCGGAUAUAGGCGAAGCUAUUGUAUACUAAAAUUAUACUGUUAUAGUAUACAGUACGGUAACGAUAUCUAUACAAUUGAAAAUAAACGAAAAUUAGGUAUGUUUUGUGAUUUUUUUAUAUUGAGCCAACUUUAAACUUUUACGGUUUUGCUUAGAGUCUGCCCCCCGAAUGAUUUUUUCAUGGUAUUUGCCUUUGAUGAAAACGUGUAAAAAUUCAAUAUAAAAACUACAAUUUCGUGUUAGCCCUCUCUUAUGUUACAUAAUAAGAAGUAAAAAAAGUAGAAGCGUUUCUGUUAACUGUACACAUCAUGAUCUGUGACACAACUGACAUGCAAGAGGGACUUUACUUAAGUUUUUAUCUAUACGCUAUUUAGUCAGUGCUUGUAGUAUACGUAGUAUAUACGGGAACCAAGGUGGAAAUAAAUAUUAGUAUAUUAAUAGGGCAACUUCAGUCCAGUAAACAAAUAAAAUAUGCAAUAAUGUCUUAGUAAUACAAGGGAACAUUCACUCUGUGAAAUGGAUUUGAGGCCGGUCCAAUAUUGCUAGAUUGUACCGAGUAUGCGCAUUUUUUUAAAUAAACAUGCUUAUCAUAAGUUUAUAGACUGAUUUGCGUUCAUUGUUUUAUUUGUAAAAUAAGUAUGUAAUUGACUAUAUUCCAUUAUAAAGCACCAAUUUAGUAAGUAGGCAAGCAAUCAUUGUAUUUAAGGGGUUCCUAGGGCUCUUAAAUUGAUGACUGAAUACGAUUAAUAACGUUACUACCGGUGUCCAGUUAUUUUAAUAAAUAAUUAAGUAAUAGUUUUUUUUUAUGAAGUGCUAGUGAAACUCUCCUAUCUUUAUGUGACGAAUCAUUUUAUAGAAACAUUUGUACAUAAUUUCCUAUUCGUAGUUGUAAACAUUUUCAAUUUUGUCGUGAACAGUAGAUGUUACAUAAUAAUAAAAAUUAUAAAAACAUCAAUACAGCCAUUGUAAUAAUUAGUUCGAAACUAUAUUUUGGAAUCGCUAAGAGUUAAACCAAGCUAAGUUGGCCGCGAUUUUGAUAGCCCAGACUGUGCAAAUGUUAUACGUCAUAAUUUCCUAGAAGUUUCACGUUUAGAAUAACACUUGCACAAUCUGCGCUAUCAAAAUCGCUGCCAACUUAACUUGGCCUAACUCUAGUUACGUUUGUAGUGGGUACAACCGCCAUGAUUAAAAUAGAAUAUCCGUAUCAAAUAGAUGUAAGUAGUCAAAAAUGAAUAGUACCAAUGGUAUGAAAUUUUUGUACUUGAUAUAUUCGCUUUCGAGUGUACCUGUUUGGUGGCGACUCAAUUGCAUAGGGUAUGUUGGGAUAAGAUCACAAAAGGUCAUUCAGUCAUUCUUUAAAGCUCGCCAUACACCUGUUUAGGCCAUUUUUCCGCUUUUCAUAUCUCUAUUUAAAGAUAUAUAACAAUAACAUAAGCUAUCUUGCCUACUGUCACUACCUCAGUCUACGUCAACGUCGCGGUACGAGUAUGUUCGCUCCGCGAAGUCGCGCCGCGAUUCACGUGCAUAGUCUGGAGGGGGCUUCACUGUUAAAAUUUUACAUGUAAGUACUUAACAAUCAGCAUCAAAGUCUGUUUGCCUCUCGGAAGCUUCGGGCCUUUAAUCUAUUUAAACCCUCGCAAAAGACUUCUUUUGAAACAACUCGCUACCUACACUUGGGUUUCAAUUUUAUUUACUUGGUUCUCAAAAUAAGCAGAAGAUGUAAACAAGAAAACUUUGCUACAUUGUAAACAAUGAUUUAUUAUAACCCAAGAUAGGUUUUAGGCGUUCCAAAAUUGAAUCGCUUACCUUGUGACAAAUUGUACAAGUUGCCUUUAGUCGCAUCUGGGCAAGCAAGAGAUGUGCACGUUUUAACGAACUCCCGCUCACCGACAGAGAAAGAGAGAAGCUCAUGUUUAACAACGAGUAUAACAAAGGUGAAUGGAAUGCGAAAAUUAGUAAAAAAUAACAGAUUUCUUCGUAGGUAUGUGAAUAAAUAUGGAAGUAUUAUUGUGCUCCUUAUAUAAUAGUAGUAGUUAUAUAAUAUCAUUGCUUGUAAAAGAAAUAAAAAUACUUAACUAUUCUCGCUUGCGCCUUAGCCGAAAAUCAAAAUAGCCGUAAAUAAAAACAAAGGAAUUUUAAUUCCUGAAGGUACUUAAUCUAAUAUAUUUGGUACAGUCAGCAUCAAUAGUAGCUGAUGAAACAACGCGCCAAAAGUAUCUGACAUCCCAGAUAACUUUUCCAAAUAUACAUAAAUUUCUAAAAUUCACAUUCAAAAAUAUAUAUUUUACAGUCUUUGUUGUUCUAUAUAUUAUAAGACAUCACUUUUUGUUAAGCUGUUACAGAAUGGUAGGUUAUGAAGCGUUAUUUGAUCCGUUACUUUGAUGCUGACUGUACUUACAUACUCCGGUCUUAUUUUUACGUCCAACGCUGACCUUUUUAGGUAUUAUUAAUCUAUCUUUGACGUUGAGCUGAAAUAAAAUAGUUACUGCAUUGAAAUCAUAAAUUUAUUGCACGAUUGGUAUCCCAACGUACCUUAAUAAAAAAACCUGUAGUUGUUACCCACAUUUAUGUUGAUAUUUAUCUAAAUUAUGAUUUACGUACAAUCAAAGUUAAUGUUACGUGACGUGACUUUCUGCAAAUGUUUCAGUAGGUACCUAUUUAUUAUAGACAGUUUUUGAAACAGAUUAUUCAAAAGUAUAAAAUCAAAAAAACAUUAUAUUGUAUUACGUUUUAUACUCUAUUUAAUAUACUUUAGAAAUAUUGAGGAUUUUUCACAACUGCCUAAGUUUUAACUUUUAAUAAGACUCCAUUAGAAUCAUAUAGUAGGUAUAAUUGUAAAAGUAGUCACAACGAGUUAUAAUAAGUAGGUACUUACUACCUAUGUACAAACUAGCUACCGAAAAUAAAAAUUAUAAUAUAUAAUCUUUAAUUCUGCCUGUUUGACCAACUAACUGUACCUAUGGAUUUAUUAGCAAUAGAAACUGCCUCGAAAACAACAA